AUGGGUAACUGCAGUGGCUCCUCCGCCCGCCCACCCACCACCACGCUUCCAUCGCCACAUCCCAUUGGCGGAGACACCGGCAUCACCGUUCUCCCAUCGGAUGCUGCACCGCCCGCUCGCCGCCCACUCCUCACUGGCGUCGGCCGCGUCCUGGGCCGCCCCUUAUCCGACGUCCACUCUGUCUACAUUUUUGGCCGUGAACUAGGCCGCGGCCAGUUCGGCGUCACCCACUUCGUCACCCACCGCGCCACCGGCCAGUCCUUUGCUUGCAAAUCAAUCGCCACUCGUAAACUCGUCACCCCCGAAGAUGUGGCGGACGUCAGCCGUGAGGUACAGAUAAUGCACCACCUCACCGGUCAUCGCAACAUAGUGGAACUCAAAGAAGUAUUUGAAGACCGCCACAAUGUGCAUUUGAUUAUGGAGCUUUGCGCCGGCGGCGAGCUUUUCGAUCGGAUCAUCGCCAAGGGACAUUAUUCCGAGCGGGCGGCAGCGGGGUUAUGCCGCCAGAUUGUGACGGUGGUACACGACUGUCAUUCCAUGGGAGUAAUACAUAGAGAUUUGAAGCCUGAAAAUUUCUUGUUCUUGAAUACUAAUGAGGAUUCUCCCCUCAAGGCUACCGAUUUUGGCUUGUCUGUGUUCUUCAAACCUGGAGAUGUAUUCAAGGAUCUUGUGGGAAGUGCAUAUUAUGUGGCUCCUGAAGUGUUGCGUCGAAAUUAUGGUGCUGAAGUUGAUAUUUGGAGUGCUGGGGUGAUACUCUACAUUCUACUCAGUGGUGUCCCCCCCUUUUGGGGAGAGAAUGAGCAGAGUAUAUUUGAUGCUGUUUUGCGGGGACAUCUUGAUUUUUCUUCUGAUCCUUGGCUAUCGAUAUCAAGUAGUGCCAAAGAUCUCGUUAAGAAGAUGCUACAGGCAGAUCCCAGACAUCGGCUUACUGCUGUAGAAGUUUUACAACAUCCAUGGAUGAGAGAAGAAGGUGAUGCAUCUGAUAAGCCUCUUGACAUAGCCGUCUUGACUAGAAUGAAGCAGUUCCGUGCAAUGAACAAGCUCAAGAAAGUGGCUCUUAAGGUAAUUGCAGAAAAUUUAUCGGAAGAAGAAAUUAUGGGACUGAAGGAGAUGUUCAAGACCAUGGACGCUGAUAACAGUGGAACAAUUACGUAUGAAGAAUUGAAAACUGGUUUACAAAAAUUGGGUACCAAGCUUUCUGAGUCGGAAGUGAGGCAAUUAAUGGAUGCGGCUGACGUGGAUGGAAAUGGAACAAUCGAUUACAUUGAAUUUAUAACUGCUACAAUGCACCUGAAUCGAAUGGAUAGAGAAGACCAUUUGUUCAAAGCCUUUGAGUAUUUCGACAAGGAUAAGAGCGGGUACAUCACGGUCGAAGAAUUGGAGCAUGCUCUAAAGGAAUACAAUAUGGGGGAUGCUCAAACAAUUAAGGAAAUCAUUGCAGAAGUUGACAUGGAUCAUGACGGAAAGAUAAACUACGAUGAGUUUGUAGCAAUGAUGAGAAAGGGCAACCCGGAGUUGGCCCCUAGACGCCGAAAAUGA